AUGGCACAUGCAUUUGACAAUCGAAAUUUUAUUCCCGGUAAACAACAAACAUUUUAUUCAGUGGUUUCACCAUCAUCACGUCCUGAUAUAACAAAUGUUCUUUGGGAAGCUUCAUCAUCUCCAUCACUAUCACCAAGAAUUCAAUCAUCAUCACCACAAGCAUCACCAAAACCAAAUCAUCCUCCACCAUCUUAUGAAGAAAGUAUUUUUAAUAAAGCUUUAGCUAAUCGUCAUAAUUCUCAAUCGUCACUUCAUUCACCAACAAUCCGUUAUUAUUCAAAUCAUCAACAACAACAAAAUAGCCCAAAUUCAACAUCAUUUGUAUCUUAUUCAUCACCAUCAACACCAAUUGAUCGUAAUCAUUACCAAAGAGAACAACAACAACAACAACCAGUAAUAGAUGGAUAUUAUCCACUUGCUUCACCACAUCGAAGUUCUGAUACGAAACCUCCACCACCUGCUCGUAUGCCUAAAGUAUCAUCAACAAUAAAUAAUAAUAAUUCAAUUCAUCGUUCAAAUGCUUUACCUCAAUUUUCGCCAAAUGGUAUUAAAACAAGUACAACUUAUCUUAAUACAACACAACUUCAUAUAAAUCAAUCAUCACCUCCACCUCCACCACCUCGUUAUCCACUUCAACCACCAGCUAUUCCACCACGAGGUUCUCCUAUAUGUCAUCAAUCAAUUUCAGAUUUUAAUUCGUUAGCAUCACCAAAACCUACUAGUCAAAUGAUCUAUCGAUCACCUGUUAUUUCAUCAACAGCAAAACGAAAUGAUAUCUCACUUGAAAAACAAUUUCAUUCACUUUCAAUAACUCAUAAUCAAUAUCAUGGAACAACAAAUGGAUUUAAUAAAAACGAAUAUUCCAUAGGUCAAUGUCGAAAAUGUCAUGAAACAAUAAUAAAUACAGAUGAUUCUUGUAAUAUACUUGGUCAAAUUUAUCAUACUUCUUGUGCUGUAUGUGUUAUAUGUGGACGAUCAGUAAAAAAUAAACAUUAUUUUGUUAAAGAUCAAUUAUAUUGUGAAGAAGAUUUUUUGUAUACAGGUUUUCAUCAAACACUUGAACAUUGUAUAGCAUGUGGUCAUUUAAUUACUGAUACAGUUUUACAAGCACUUGGUCAAUCGUAUCAUUUAACAUGUUUUAAAUGUUCAAAAUGUUCGAUAUGUUUAGAUGGUAUACCAUUUAUAACUGAUAAAAAUAAAAAUCUUUUUUGUUUACAUGAUUAUCAUAUGACUUAUGGACCACGCUGUGAUAAAUGUUCAAAUCCAAUAUGUCCAGAAGAUGAUUCAAAUGAAACUGUACGAAUUAUUUCAAUGGGUAAAACAUUUCAUGUCCAAUGUUAUCAAUGUCAAGAUUGUUCAUUACAAUUAAAUGAUGAACCAGAUCGUCGUUGUUAUCCAUUAGAUAAUAUAUUACUUUGUCAAGCAUGUUGUCGUCGACGUCUUGCAUCAGCUAAUAACAAUUCAUAA